GUUUAACAUAAGAAGAUAUGGCACACGAUAUCCCUUUCUCAUUUGCGACCUGUUCGAUCGGCAAGCCCACCGACAGCCUCCCGGCAAAGCUGGAGGCACUGUCUGAAGCGGGCUUCCAUGCGGUGGAGCUCGCCUUUCCGGAUAUUCUAUCCUAUGCAAAGGAGAUUCGAGGGGAAGAGGUAGCCGAAGAUGACUAUGAGGCGCUGCGGGAGGUGGCCAAGGAGAUUCGAGGAGUCUGUGAUCGGUUGGACGUGAAGGUGAUGAUGUUGCAGCCCUUUGCCAAUUUCGAGGGAUGGCCCGAGGGGUCGGCGGAGCGAGAAGAUGCAUUCAAGCGGGCGAGGGGGUGGAUUAGUUUGAUGGAGGUGCUGGGGUGUGACAUGUUGCAGGUCGGAUCAACAGACACCCCCCUCUCCUCCCUCUCCACCACCCCGAGCCUGCACGAGCACAUAAUCCACGACCUCCGCCAACUCAGCGACCUCCUCGCCACCCACAACAUGCGCCUCGCCUACGAAAACUGGUGCUGGUCCAGCCACAGCCCGGACUGGGCCUCCGUCUACCACCUCAUCCAAGCCGUCGACCGACCGAACAUCGGCCUCUGCCUCGACACCUUCCAGACCGCGGGGGCCGAGUACGCCGACCCCACCGCGCCGGACGGCCUGGUCCCCACCACCGACGGCAAGGCCAAUCUCUCCACCCCCCAAAAGUUCUCGGCGAGUUUGGCGCGCCUCGCCAAGACCAUCCCCGCCGACAAGAUCUACCUGCUGCAGGUGUCGGACGCGUACCGGGCGGAUCCACCCUUGGAGGAUAAAGUGGUGGAGGGGAUGCGGCCCCGCGCGCGCUGGAGUCAUGACUAUCGGCCGUUGCCGUAUACGGAGGGCGGGUAUUUGCCGAUCGAGGAGGUGGGGAGGGCGGUGUUGGGGACGGGGUUCAGGGGGUGGUUCUCGAUGGAGGUUUUUGAUGGGAAGAGGAGGGAGGUGGAUCUGAAAGGGUAUGCGAGGGAGGGGAUGAAGAGCAUGACGCGGUUUGUGGAGAGGUGUUCUUCCUGAGGGACUUUGGACUUUGGAUUUCAAGAUGGGGAGUUCGGGGAGGAUUCCCUGGUAUGAAUCUGUAUGUAUAGUAAACGGGAUUGUGA